AAGGGAGACGAAAUACACGUAUACAGUGCUGCUGCUUCCUGUUUUUAUAAAUCGGAGCAUAAUGAAGCGAAUUAAUUUCAAUUGAGCUGGCCAAGCCGUACGUGUAAAGUCGUGCAUCACAGCCUCAAACAUGAACUUCAACAUCCGUGCUGCGACUAGAGAAGACUGUAAAGACAUAUCAAGAAUGAUAUUGGAGUUGGCUUUGUAUGAAAAGAUGACUGAUCAAGUCAAGAUAUCAUGCGAAGAACUUGAGCAUGAUGGUUUCUGCCAGAAUCCCUUAUUUGAAUGCGUUGUCGCCGAGGUACCAGAAGAGAACAAAUCUAGAGAAGGAUUCACCAUCGUCGGAUACGGCCUUUAUUUUUACACAUACAGCACAUGGAAGGGACGGGCGAUGCAUUUGGAGGAUUUGUAUGUGAUGCCUGAAUUCCGAGGAAUUGGCAUCGGAAAAUGUUUAAUGAGCACCGUUGCUAAGGUGGCUAAAGAAAACCAUUGUGCACUCUUGCAAUUGAACGUGUUGGAAUGGAAUACUCCAUCACGAGACUUCUAUGCUACUAGAGGAGGUCAGGAUCUCACUGUGCAGGAAGGCUGGCACUUAAUACGUUUUGAUGGACAAAGCUUGGAUGAUUUGGGAAAUGAUGGCCCAAAGAAUUAGAAGGGAUCCCCCUACCUUGGAUGUGACGCCCAAGUUACAGAAAUGUACCUUUUUGAGUUUUAUUUCAUUUUGGUAAACACAUUUUAAAAUUCUGGAAUAAAUGUUCUCUUCUUUAAACAUG